GUGGCAUCGCGCCGCCGCUGCUGCCACUUCCGGUCGCUUUACCGGAAGUGCCGUUCGCCGCCAUCGCCGCAGCCAUGGCCUCAAGGUUACUGCGGGUGAGCGCGGCCCUGAGGCUCCUGCCCGCCGCCUCAGCGCCUGUCCGGCGCCUCGCCGUGCCCGGCGGCCUGGCCACCGACGAGGAGCAGGCGACGGGGCUGGAGAGGAAGGUGUUGGAGGCCAUGAACAAGGGGCUGGACCCCUACAGCAUGUUCCGCCCCAAGCGCUACGCGGGGACCAAAGAGGACCCCAAUCUCGUUCCUUCCAUUAACAACAAACGCAUCGUGGGUUGCGUCUGUGAAGAAGACAACAGCUACGUGGUGUGGUUCUGGCUGCACCAGGGCGAGGCGCAGCGCUGCCCCUCCUGCGGCGCUCACUAUAAGCUCAUCCCCCACGAACUGCCCCACUGACCCCCCCCCACAGCCAAGAAAGGGGGGGGACUCCCCUAAAACCCCCCCCCCAGCACCCCACGGGGGUCACAGCCGAUAAA